AUGGAUCUCACUCUCAUGACCGUCUCUGGGCCCAUUUCUGCCUCGGGCAUCAGGCUGACUGGCCCCGUCCUGUGCCUGGAGUGGCUCUGUUCCGACCAGUCGGCCCUCGCCGACGCCGACGAUGCCGCGGCCCAUCAGCAGGAUUCGUGCCCCCAGCGUGGAGACCGCGUGGAGCUGGCCAACCUCUUCUCGAUGAGGCACGGCGGCGGGCUGGUGGUCGUGUCCACGCCGCCCGCCUAUUGGUCGCCCCACGGCGCCGUGGAGCGGGCGAGGGCGCUGCGGGAGCUGGCCUCGGAGUCGGGCCUGGUCGUGGUCGCGGGCACAGCCCCAGCCGCCGGGCGCCCCGCGUCCCCCGCGGACUUCGAGACCGAGGUGGCGCGCCUCGUGACCGACCUCUCGGUCGGCUACGAGGCGGCGGAGCCCCGCGGCGAGGGCGCGGAGCGCGUGCGGCCUGGGUUCCUCGGCGAGGUGCGGCUGUGGGACCCGGCGCGGGGGCAGAUGCCGGCCUCGGAGGCCCUCUGCCUCGGCGCGUGCGUGGAGGCGCAGCGGCUGACGCAGGCGGCCCUCGUGCUCAGCGGCGCCGUGUCCGGGGAGGCCCUGGCCAUCCUGGAGGGCCGCGCGGGGGCGCCCAGCACCGGGCCCUGCCUGUGGCACAGGUGUGCCUUCUUCGACGUGCCCCCGGGCAGCCCCGUCCCGCCCGCGGAGCUCGCGUCCCGCGGCUGCUUCCUCGGGUUCUGCCCGCCGCCCGCCGGCGCAGACAUCUCCUGGCAGGCGCGCGCGGCCCAGCGGCCGUGGAAGACAGAGGAGGCCUUCCUGCAGGCGCUGGCCGCAGCGCCCCCAGGCAGGGCGCUGGUACGCGGUGGCCAGAAAAAUAGAGUUCGCUCCAUGCGCGGCAUCCCUUGCGGUAGCGCGAUGGCCGUGCGGUGUUCAGCAUGGACAGCUCCGCUCAGUGCCCCGCGGCACGGUGGCGGAUCCUCGGGGCUGCGCUUCCGCACCGACCUGGCCGCCUUCGGAGGGCCCGGUCUGGGGCUGUGCGCGGACCUGCUGGCCGCGGCGCGGCCGGGCGACGCGCGGCUGCCCUCGGAGGAUUCCCUGCGAGCGGCUGCGCUCGAGCUCUUCGCGUACCCUUGGCAGCCGCCGGCACCGCCCGAGCAGCCGACCUUCUACUGCCACUGGUGCGGCACUGGCAAGCCGGAGGGCGAGCACUUCAGCAAGGGCGAGUUCGACUAUUGCUCCCCGAAGUGCAUCGGGAAGCAUCGGGCCAGAGGUUUCGCCGUGGACGCGCACGACCGCUAG